AUGCCACGAGGUCGAAAGAGUAAGCUCCGUGCCCGCGAGAAACGCCAUCAGGCUCAAGCAGAGCCUAUGAAUCUUAUGGGUGCUCAGGCCACUUCAGGAGUGGGCAGAGUGUCUCCUUCUUCUUCUGCAUGGUCCAGGAGGAAUCAACAGAGCUCAGCUACUGCUGGGUCAACCAGCAAUCCCCAGGGGCCUCAGAGAGCCACAUUCACCACCACUGCUGCUGCAGGUGUUUCACAAGCAAGAUCUAAUGGAAGAGCCAACAACCAGGUGGAGAGAAGGCCAAGAUCCUCACAGGUUCGGGCUGCCACCGAACAAUUGCCUAGAGGACCUAUAGAUGAGAAGGUGGUUAUAUUGGUGCAUUACAUGCUGUACAAAUAUCAAAGGAAAGAACCCAUUAAGAAGGUAGACAUGAUGAGAGAUAUAAUCCAAAUGCACAGGAGCCACUACAAGGAGAUCCUAAAGAAAGCUUCCGAGCACCUGGAGAUGGUCUUUGGCCUUGAUCUGAAAGAAAUGGAUCCCAAUAGGCACAUCUAUGUCCUUGUCAACAAACUGGUACAAAGCUAUGAUACAAGGGUAAGUGAUGGCAGAGGUGUGCCCACGACUGGCUUGCUGAUGACCAUCCUUGGUGUGAUCUUCAAAAAAGGUAAUUGUGCCACUGAGGAGCAAAUCUGGGAAGUAUUGAAUGUGAUGGGGUUAUAUAAAGGGAGAAGGCACUUUAUUUUUGGGGAGCCCAGGAAGCUCAUCACUCAAGAUUUGGUGAAAGAAAAGUACCUGGAGUACCAGCAGGUGCCCAACAGUUAUCCUCCACGCUAUCAAUUCCUGUGGGGUCCAAGAGCCUAUGCCGAAACCAGCAAAAUGAAAGUUCUUGAGUUUUGGGCCAAAGUCAGUGAUACAGUUCCCAGCGCCUUCCCAUCCUGGUAUGAAGAGGCUUUAAGAGAAGAAGAAGAGAAAGCUGAAGCCAGAGCUGCAUCCAGAGCUCACAUUCGUGCCAUGGCCAGUGCACGUUCCAGAGCCUUGUCUACCAGAUCCUCUCCCCGCUCGUAG